UGAACACCACUAUUUUGUAUAUAAUAAUACAACACAGCAAGUGAGUACGAGUAGAAGACUAAUCUAAUAUAGUUAUAGACCAUGUUUGCUCUGCCCUCUGCCUCCCGGGCCAUCGCUGGUCGUAUGGCUGUUUCAGCGCGUGUCCCCGCUUUGGGAACUAUGCAUGUGCGUAACCUGAACUUGCACGAAUACCAGUCACAGAACCUGAUGAAGGACUGGGGUGUAUCAGUGCCUAAGUCUGUUGUUGUCGAGAACGUCGACGAUGUGCUGAACGCCUGCAAGCAGAUUGGAACUCCUAAGAUGGUUAUAAAGACUCAGGUACAUGCCGGAGGACGUGGAAAGGGAACACUCAGCAGUGGACUGCAGGGCGGUGUGCACGUCAUCGACAGUGCUGACAGAGCACAAGAACUGGCCAAGCAAAUGUUGGGCUAUAAAUUGAAGACCAAGCAGACACAAGGUGACGGUGUUAUGGUAAACAAGCUCAUGAUCGCUGAGGGUGUUGAUGUGGUAGCCGAGUGCUACUUCGCCAUCCUUCUAGAUCGUGCCACCAACGGACCAGUCAUGGUUGCCAGUGCCGAGGGAGGCAUGGACAUCGAGGAGGUUGCACACUCGCGCCCCGAUGCUAUCUUCAAGGAGUUCAUCGACAUCAACCAUGGCCCCACUGAUGCGCAAUUGGAGAACUUGGCGAAAGGUCUUAACUUCGAGGGCGAUUCCAAGACUCAGUCCAAGGAAGUCAUGAACAACUUGUACAAGAUGUUCAUCGGUGUCGACUCCACCCAAGUAGAGAUCAACCCCAUGUGCAAGCUGUCUGACGGCCGUGUGAUGUGUGUCGAUGCAAAGAUUGGCUUUGACGACAAUGCUGAGUUCCGACAGGCUGAUAUUUUCGCACAGAGAGACACCGCUGAGGAAGAUCCCCGUGAAGUUGAGGCCAGUAAGUAUGACUUGAACUUCGUCGGAAUGGACGGAAACAUCGGAUGCAUGGUCAACGGCGCAGGACUUGCUAUGGCCACUAUGGAUAUCAUCCAGUUACACGGAGGAAAGCCCGCCAAUUUCUUGGACUUGGGAGGUGGUGUCACUGAAUCCUCUGUUGGACAGGCCUUCAAGAUUUUGACUGCUGACCCUAAGGUCAAGGGCAUUCUUGUCAACAUCUUCGGUGGAAUUGUCGAUUGUGGCUUAGUCGCCCGUGGUAUCAUCGCGGCUGCGAAUAACCUGGGCAUCAACAUCCCCAUUACCAUCCGACUGAAGGGUACCAACGAGGAAGAGGCUCAAAAAUUGAUUUCCAACUGUGGACUCAAGCUAACCAUGCUAGAGGAUCUCGAUGAAGCCGCCAUCAAUGCUGUCAAGUCUGCAUAAUUAGACGUGAAAUGUAGCAGUGUUCUUGUGUCAUUAAAUGCCAAACACUUGUAUAAUAAAUAGUAGACGGCAUAUUUAGCCACAUUUUCUAAUUAUAGCAGCGCUGCGGAUGAUCUAUAGUCGAAGGAUGCUUCGUAAGUUGUACACAUAAAUAUAAAUAUACAUACGGUUGUAUAAUAGAAACAGA